AGGUGUAGUCGCUUUUUUGGUUCCUACCCCUUUUACAAGUUAAGGCAGUAAAAUUGUUUCCUAUGAUUAUUUUUGGAUGUUCAUAACGAGGAUAAUUAUUGAGUUUGUUUUCUGCAAUCCUUACGUCUCUGUGCCUACGACAUUUAUGCUUUUUUGAUGAUCAGUGAAGAUGACAUCGUCCUUCCUAGGCUCCGUCACUUGCUGCAAAUGCAAGUCGUAUAGGGAAGUUUUGGGUGCGGAGACGAAGGCAGGCCAAGCACUUUUUACUCAAUGGAGGAGUUUUGAAUGCAGACAUGUGGGACUGGUAUUCAUCAUGACAGAUUUAUAUAUAAUUUAUUUCUCUUCGGUAUCAUAUUAAUUCAGUUCUCGUAUUCCCAGUCUUUGAAAUUUUUUCAUCUUCGAUCUAUCUCUUACUCAUUCCACAGGCAUGUGGAUCUUUACAGCCUGCUGGAAAAGCACGCGUGGUAAAGCGUCACGAAUCAUCAGCAAUUAUCGCGUGUGGGAAUGUGGUGGCGAAGCAUUACUUCGGAGCGGUAACGGCUCUUCCCGCAGACGAUUUGAUGGAACUGGGUGGACCACUUCGUUCAGUUCUGCCACGCAGCGGCAACCCCGAAAAAAAAAACCGAGUGUUCGCUAAGAAGAGCCAGGAGGCUUUGGAUCAGUAUCUGAAUAAUCAACUUCCUCGAGCGAAGGAUACGCCAGCGGCUGGACCGGCUAGCACGUGGAGCGCGGUGCAGUUAGGGAAAAUGCCUGCUAGUAGUACUUUCCUUUCAGCAUCCGCGGAUCGUCGUCCUGUUCCUCCGACUGGUAAAGAGGCAGGAGCAAGCACAUCUUCCAGGUGCAGCUCCUCCAUCAUCAUGAAUAAGAAUACAGCAGACAAAACAUCUUCUUCCUCACAAGCGAAGCUUGCACCUGCAGCGGGUAAAGCAGCUAGUACUAAGAAAGCAGUAUCAUCUUCAGCAGUCCUUUCAAGUCUUUACGAUUCACUUGAUUCUGCAAGUGAUUCUGCAUCGCAAUCGCAGAUGUUCCUGCCGAGGCGUGGCGCUGCAAGCGGCCCUCUGCGCGUGAGCGAUAUUCUUGAUUCCGCAAGUGAAUCUGGAUCACAGUCGCAGGCGAUUCGAGUUAGGCGAGCUCCUCCUGCGGCAGCAGUUGCUAUCGAGUCCCAAUCACUGCUGCAGGAUGUUAUGGUGUCGCCAAGUGCUGGCCAAGGCGAUAGAGGAGUGUCGACAACGAGCGCGGCACCGAAGUCACGGAAGCGUGCGAGGGUAGGGCGCGAGGACAUGGGAGGGGAAUCCGAUGCAGAUUCGAGUUGGGGAGAUGACUCAGACGAUGACGAUUCUGAUGACAGUCACGGGUCUGAUGAGGAUGAUGACCCAGCUCAUCGGUGGAUUGUGCAGAGGGUCUCCGGGUUGCGAAUCCGGACACGCAGGCACCAAGAGAAGGAGCUCCAGGUGCUCCAAGGGUUGGUUGAUCGGCGUCGGGAGAGGAUAUCAGGAGGGCAAGUCUGGGUGGCCUUGCGUGGUGCAGGGGCUCUGGGUCAAGAGAUGGCGGGGAGGCCAUAUCGGGACGGGGUGGCUAGGAAGUACAUCUCCAGGCUGCUCGCGUCGUAUGAGGUCUUCAACUUGGCGAGCGGGGUGCGACGGUUUAUCACGGCUCUGCCACGGCGCAGGCCUAAGCAUAUUGGCCACGUUCACAACCGGCUUCGGCGCUUCGAAAAUGUACUGCGCACGUGGAGCAGCUGGUGGGGAUUGAAGCGGAAGAUUACCGAAAAAAUGCAGCUGCCGCGGGGUGCGGAUUUAUCGGGACGGGUGGACAUGGUCAAUGUGGACGAAGUCCCUUGCCUGCGAAAAUAUGGAGAAGUUGGCGGGUAUAGCCUUAAUUUUUCGGCAAUCCACGACGACAAUUUUACCGCUGCGAGGGAGUCGGGUACCUUGCAUGGGAGCAUUUUGAUGUGGGUGCACUCGAAUCCUGCUCUGCGUAUCGAGCCGGUUGUUGUGUUGUCGCGUGACUGGGUCGUGGGGCCGAGCAAGAAGAAGAGACGGCGGCACAAGAACUGCCUGGACGCUAUCAAGCCGUUUGGACUCGGGCAAGCUAGCGGAGAGAACAAGCGCAACGGAUACAUCGACCGCGAAACCUUCUGGGAGGAGAUGAAGAAGCUAGGAGAGAAAAAGGUGGCGUCGGUAGGGAAGGAGAGGCCUGUCGUUGUAAUCUUUGACAGUGCCACGCACCACGCGUGCACCCCGCUCGAAGAGGAGCAUUACCAAGACGCCUAUGGAAUGUUCUUCUUGCGCAUACUCGGUGGCGUCACGGCGUUAGUCCAGCCGGUCGAUGUUUGUAACGUUGCCUCGAGUGUGCGCCUAUGUGGGCAGGCUUUGGCGGAGAAAGACAAGCACGAGAGCACUUUCGAGAGCCGGGAGUUUUGGGUGGAGUUACGGGAGAGAGAGGAAGCCGGGUGGCAUCAGCUGAAGUGGUUCGAGAAGUGUGGGAUUAGUCUAAGUACUGACAUCGUGGAGGAGGUGGGCACGGAAUUGUUUAGAUUCCUAGCAAGAACGCGAGAGCUGCACCCCCAACGGGUGGCACAGUUGGACCGUUUAUAUUUCCGUCAUGCACUUGUCGGAAAUGCUCCCACUUCGUAACUGAGUGGGGCAGUAGUAUGAGGAAACAACGAGGAGGAGAGUUCUUUUCUGUGUAGUCAGUGUGCAGCAAGUGACCUCUCCAACAAUAUCAACAGCAGGAGAAGGGAAAUUUUAGAAGAAAGCAAAACUUAGAGAAGCUGGAAGAUCACUAGUGGUAGGCUAGUUUUAGUAAACUGUCCUGAGGCUUUUUAGUUCAGCACUGCGCUAGCGUUUAGAAAAUGAGCGGCCUGCUUUUGGAGCAAUUCUGGCCUGGUGGGAUCUGGCUCGUUUUCGUUUUGCGGUUCGUCUACGUGGACGACGUCCUCGCACUGGUUUGCUUCUUGGAGUACGAUCCCAGAUCUGUGCGGGUGGUCCGCAUGGUCGUGCAACGUGUUGCCUGUUCUCUCUGAUUCUGGUUAGCGAUUGGCGCGCCCUCAGCUUAAAGCACAGCCUGGGGAAUUCUCCUACGGGUUUCUUGGUUCAGCACGGCACACGGGGUUCGGGUUCGGCUUCCCAGCGGGUAGAGGUAGGCGGGGAAAGUGACCGCGGAAGGCGUGCACGAAAAUCGCCCAGAGGUGUGAAAAAAGAAGCGAAAAAGCAAGCCCAAAGGCUAAAACUUUCAAGCAGUUCAGGAGCGCCAUUUGCGCACUCACAUCCAUCGGCCCUUUAGCGCCUCAGCCGGU